CAAAAAAGCAGUCCGAGUCCGACUUCGUACCGUACGUACGACCCCAAUUACAUGGAUACGAGCAGUUGAGACAACAUGUGACAGAAAACCUUGGUUGCAGUUAAAAAUUGUUCUAGAUUUUUCACUGAAAUUGAAAAUCCUGGGAAGAAAGUCUGAUCACUAUGGCAUUCUAUAUCAUUCGAUUUCGAGCGUUGCUUGUUUUGGCAUCAAUACUGCUCUCGGUGUCUUCCUUCCAGAGGAGCCAUCACGUGUCGUCACUGCCCAGUACCACAAAACACGGAGGAAAGAAAACGACAAAUCAUAAUUCGCAAACCGAACCGUUUUAUGUGACGAAAAGUCGCACUCAAGUCUCCAUCGGCAACAGAAACGGGGAGAGAGGUGUCUCUGUGUUCCUUUCUAACAACAGCGACAACGCACGGAAGGAAGGCAACGGAAGCUACAACGACGAUGCCUUUGGCUUUAUUUUUCUGGGAGGCUUUGCCGUCACGCAGGAUCCCUUUUUUGCCGGUACAUUCGUCCUGUUCUCGGCGAUCGCAGCCGUUGCCACCCGCAACGGCACCUUGCCCUCCUCUAGAGCCGUGCCGGCGGCAGUUGCCGGAUUCACCCUGAUCGCGUCACUUCUGCUUCCGACCGACCAGCUGUACAGUCUUUUUGCCCUCGAACGGCCCGAGCUGUCUCUGCCCGCAGAUGUUUCGGUGAUCAAGGCAGGAUUCUGCACCGUUUCGAUGCUGUACGGCUUUCUUCUAUCGUCUACCGAACAAAAUGAGAACACUUCACCAUAGCAAGAUUUGAAAACAUGGCAACUAGAACACAACGCGGCUUGAGAAGAACUGGGAUUCUAGAAGGCUUGGCUAUAAGACGUCGAGCUGUAGAAAACUGAUAUGGGCAAAAAAUUGUUGACGAAAAAAUGAUAUCGUUUAUCCUCCACCAAGCCAUCCCUUUGAGGCAAGCUGCUCAUAGAAGUCAUUGUCCGAAUUCUCUCGAUAGGAAUUAAUCACAUUCCAGACCGCGUCUUCAUAUAAAGACUCUUUACGCGC